AUGACCGAACGCUCACCUAUGACCUCUAGUCAUGCCGACGCAUCGUCGUUACCAGCCGAGAGCAGCACUGCCGCGACAAGCACCGUCGCAGAUAUUUCCACCUCUUCGACAGCGACGGCAACUACGACGGGUGAAACGUCAACGAGCACAAGCAGCAAAACCUACGGACCGGCUGCAAUGCAACCGACAAUCAGUACUACACACCCAAUAACCCGGCCGACGAUUCCAAUCACCAAGCUAGGACAGUUGAAAGGUCUGCGCAGUCUGCAGGAGUGCAUCAAGGCGUGUGCGACACUCAAUUAUGUUAUUGCGAACGCAAUGGGCGGUGAAUCGGCCGAUGUUCCGUUUAGCAAGCUCUAUAGCGGAGUGGUCUACUCGUAUCAGAAUUACAUUGCGGGACAGCCGAUCAAUUGUGAUUUGAAUAGUGGGGUGCACGAGAAUGCGUCGAGAGUUUCGUGGACUGAUGAUUGGGGUCCCGAAACGCAUACUCAGGUCGAUUCGGCGAUCUUGGAUUGGGAGGAUUGA